GAGUGCCCGCACUUCGAGGCCAAGAGGCGCGAGCUGGCGACUGAGCUCAAGCUGGACAACUCUUUCUGGGCCUCGGUGCCCCGAGUGACAAGUAAGAGCGGCUGGGUGUGCUACUCAGCGUCGCCAAGCUACGAGAUGAGAUCCCGCAUGUUGGUUGCCACUGUUCGUCUGGGCGCCUUCAUCGUGCGGGAGAACUUUACGCCGACCGAGCGAGUCUCAUUGACUUGCUAG